ACUUUAAAUUGCUCUGCGGCUGCGCACUGUUUUACUGCGCUCACAGCUUUGCACAGUGGGUAGCUCAAAACUGCAUCCAGAGUGUCUGCGGAGUAAAGGUUUGGACAAGUCAGCACUUAUUCAGAAAUGGAGAAUUUGCUAAAGAUUGGCAGGUAGAAACUUUCCUUCACUUCUGCCACUGCCAGUGUGAAGAUAUAUUCCAAACGUUUUCACCAAUGUUGACAGCAAGUUGACUACAGCUGUCCACUCCUGCCACUAAACCUACUUCUCUACACACCUGACUGCCUGAAGACUUCACUAUGUAUCAGAUUGUCCCAGUGGCUCCUUGGGACCAGCAGACAGUUGGAAGAGCUGGGGGCUCUCCGCUAAAAAAGAAACUGGCUAAUGAAGGCCGACCCAUGGCGAUGGCAGGAAUGUUGGGUUGUGCCUUGGUGCUGGCUGCUGUUGUCGCCUGGUGCUACUACUCAGCAUCACUCCAUAAGGCCCAGCUGCUGAAGACUGAGUUAUUAAACCUCAACAAGGAUGGUUUUAUCAUUCAUAACCAGGCAGGGGCUGUCAUCUUCACUAUGACCUUCAGGUCUGGCACUCUGAAUCUGGACUCCUGCUCAAAGGAGGGAAAUAUUCUGAGCUGCACUCAGUCAGAUUCUGGAAAGCUCAACUUCUUUAUAGAGCCUGUCCAACCAAAGGGCACUGUGAUGUGUUACCGUGUUCGCUGGGAGGAGCUGCAAAAUAAGCGCACAGUGGAGCACGCCAUGGCCUAUAAUGACUCUCACUGGUACGGAGGGGCAGAGACAGCAACACAGUACUGGCCUAUCAGGAUCCAGGGUGAGGAGGAACCACGGCCUUUCAUCACCAGUGAUAUCUACGCCAAUCGGAAUGGUUUUGGGGGAAUCCUUGAACGCUACUGGUUGUCCUCGAAUGCAACUGCAAUCAAAAUUAAUGACUCAGUACCGUUUCAUUUGGGCUGGUCAGAGAAGAACAGGACACUCAGAUUCCAGGCCCAGUACCGGGAUUCUCCCUUCAAACCACCAGAGGGACAGCAGGCCUUACCUGAGCUCAGCUAUAGAGUGUGUGUGGGGUCAGAUGUUACCUCUAUUCACAAAUACAUGGUGCGUCGGUAUUUCCCAAAGCCUAUCAAAGUCCCGUCUCCUGAAGUGUUCAAAUACCCUGUGUGGUCCACAUGGGCUUUCCACAAAACGGCUAUAACUCAGGAGAAGCUGCUGCAGUACUCCUCUGAAAUCACCAAACAUGGCUUCACAUGCUCCCAUCUGGACCUGGAUGACCGCUACACAGCUGACUAUGGAGAGUUUGACUUUGACCCACAGAAGUUUCCCAAUGUCAGUGGUAUGUUUGACAAACUCAAAGAGGACAGGUUUCAAGUGUCUCUCUGGACACAUCCCUUUAUUAACUAUGACUCCAUUAAUUUUGGUGUUGCUGUGGAGAAAGGACUGUUUGUCCGGGAACCGAGCGGUGAGCUGCCUGCUCUGGUUCGCUGGUGGAAUGGCAUUGGAGGAAUUUUGGACUUUACCAAUCCAGAAGCCCGGGAGUGGUAUUCCUCACAUCUGCGCAUGCUUAAAACCCGCUAUGCUGUGACCUCCUUUAAGUUUGAUGCUGGAGAAACAAGUUACCUCCCACGCCAGUUUAGCACCCUGGUCCCACUGUCUGACCCCUCAACCUUCACCCGGCGCUACACAGAGAUGGCCAUACCAUUCAAUGAGCGUGCAGAGCUGAGGGUGGGUUAUCAGAGUCAGAACAUCUCCUGCUUCUUCAGGAUCAUUGACAGAGACUCAGUGUGGGGUUAUGAGCUGGGCCUCAAGUCCAUCAUCCCCACUGUUCUGACUGUUAGCAUUCUGGGCUAUCAGUUUGUUUUACCUGAUGUGAUAGGAGGGAAUGCAUACCCCAACCGCACUGCAGGUGGUUAUGAUGGAAAAAGCAGUCUACCAGACAGAGAGCUAUACAUCCGAUGGUUGGAGCUGUCUGCUUUCAUGCCUGCCAUGCAGUUCUCUAUACCACCGUGGGCCUAUGACAAUGAGGUGGUACAGAUAGCGCAGAAGUUCACAGAGCUCCAUAAGACUCUGGUGGCACCAAGGGUUCUUGAACUGGCAAGUGAGGUUGUUGAUACAGGAGACCCAAUCAUAAGGCCUCUCUGGUGGAUUGCCAAUGACGACGAGGCAGCCUAUAAGAUUGACUCCCAGUUCCUGAUCGGGGAUGACCUGAUGGUGGCUCCAGUGUUGGAGCCUGGAAAGCAGGAGAGGGAUAUCUACCUGCCUGCAGGCCGAUGGAGAAGCUACAAGGGGGAACAUUUUGAUAAAGGCCCCAUUUACCUCACUGACUACCCUGUGGACCUGGAUGAAGUAGCUUUCUUCACAUGGGUUCACUGAAGAUGUUAAAAAAGGCACAUAUUUAUGCAUGUCUGCAUUCUUGUGAGCACACAAGACAUAAAAGGAGAUGCUUGUUCUUCAAAGGGAAAUGACCACAGAUCUGCUGCCACAGCAGAAUGUGAUUGUGAUAAAGAUUAACCGCAGGCCACCCCUGACGAGCUCUUUAUCUCGACUGCCUGCAGAUUAUAACUGUCCACCCAAAGAACUUGAAAGAAGCCUGUAUUCACUUCUGAUUCUCUCAUACCAUCCAUAAGCUGAUCCUCAUCCUCGUGCCUUCCACAGCAAACAGUAAAGCUGAUCUCAGAAUGUAUCAUUAUCAUUAUUAUCUUCCAGCCAAUGGACAUCUAGAUUAUACAUUUUGUUUCAAAGCUGCUAUAAUGGUUUUAGUGUUUUAGGGUGAGAUUUGGCUUCAUUUCCGCCUCUGGGUUUAUAUUUUAUGGUAGAUGACAAUAACUGUGUCAUAAGGCAACUCAUGUGUCUUUAUUGUAGUUUGACAGGGUUGGGCACUGAACCAGCAAUAAACAUGCACUCAGUGCUGGACAGAUGUACCUGUGCUCAGAGGGCAUGCCAAACCUUAUGUCAUCAUGGCAACUGCUGUAUUGUGGAAACUCUUGACUAUCCUAGGUUUAAGAUGACAUGCAUUCACUGGCAUUGCACUGACAACAACAUGUAACUCCUUCGUUAGUCAUGCGC